AGAACGAAUGAAAGAUAGCGAUAGGAAGAAGGAGAGAACUGACUCCGCCAAUCAGAUGUAGUUACUACGCGAGCUUGAAAUUUCAUUGGACCAAUCCAGGCUCUCCCACCUGACGACCGUCAAUCAGCUGAGCCUCUUUUCCCGUAGCUUCUGUGUUGGAGAAGCAGAGUGUAGCCUAGCUCGUUAAGGCUGCCUGGUAGGAGCAGUCGUUCUGCGUGCUAGUGAGUCAGGAAUGUGUAGACUUUGGACAGGCGAACACUUAGAUGAACCGUCAAAACUAAUUCACUUAGUUAUUCGCUUAUUAUCAGUCAGAGAAUGUAGCACAUAGUCGAUAAAUCCCGGUCUGCAACCAACUUAAAAAAACAGUGUAACAUCAAACUAAAUGCAAACAUUAGUUUAGCCAGUAACGUUAAACAGUUUAGCCAGCUCAGCGCCGUUAGCUAAGUAGCUAACUUGGCUAAUUCAUUGCGCAUCAAUUGGAUAGCGAUGCUAGCCAGUGAUAGAUAACUGUCUUAAGUUCUCUUUUAGUUCCAACAAACUAGCAAGUGCGCUAGUUUAGUGAAACAUUAUGGUAUGGGUCAAAGGGAUAUUGCGUCUUACGAGACUUCGAUGAAGAGGAAAAACCGAAAUCGAGCAGCCUCUAUGUGCCGACUAGAUGUGGACUCCGCUGCGAAGGAAGUUGAGCAACCGAGAGAUGCCCUUUCCUCGUCAAGGUAUCUGCUGGGCCGUGGUGUGAAGCGUAAGCUGAGCGAGUGCGAUGUCGCCGGUGACGCUGCACCUCUGGGCCUGCCCUACCCUCAGCAGCGGCAGCUCGUGCUGGACCUGUGCCUGGACAAGCUGCAGAGCUGCCAGCGGCGGGCCGAGCCCAGCCUGCACCGCUCGGUGCUCCUGGCCAACACGCUCCGCCACCUCCAGCAGGAGAUGAGGCAGGAGGGCUCGCCUGCCGCCGCCUGCCCUCCCCCGCCACCAGCCCCGUCGCUGCACGCCCUCACCCCGCGCCACGCCCCCGACCUGCCGCCCGUGCCCUCGGACCUCCAGCCCGCUCGUGGCCCCCCGGCGUCGCCCGCGUCCGGCUCCGAUGCGUCCGGCGCGCAACUGGACGACGGCUCUGGCGUCCACCCAGCAGCCCCGCUCCAGGACACGCUGUUCGGCGCGUUUGAGAUCACUAGUUCCGCCAGCUGCUACCUGUCCGACCUGCCGCUGGACGACAUCUUCGAGGACAUCGACACGUCCAUGUACGACGCCACGGACUUCUCCGCCCUGGCGCUCACCCCGGCGCAGAGGGGUAGCGCGGCCGGGGGCGGCAGUAACAGCGGCGACGACGGACUCAAGGGGUUCCCCUCCUCUGGCUGCGCCCCCUCCUCAGCCCUUCAGUUCUGCCUCACGGACCUCAACGACCUGGACCACAUCAUGGAGAUUCUGGUGCAGUCCUGAGCAGCCCCCCACACCACCUCUGCUCUCACUCUAUACAGAGACCUUAAUCAUGAACCUCUUUCUGGUCUGCUUUUUUUUUUUU